AGCAACAUGGCAGUAGAAUUUAUCUAAUGAAUAGUAAUAAUAAUAAUAAAUUAUUCGGGUAAUAAUGAAAAAUAAUUUUACUUGCGACGUCUACUACUAUAAUCACUAUCGCAGAACUUAGCUAAAUGAUUAAUAAGUAAUUGAUUGUGAAAACCACACAGUAACGGUCGUCAGGUUUUGGCUGUCCGUUUGAUUUUUGUGAUAAUUAUUAKUUUGUUUCACACUUCAUAAUCAUAAUUAUUUUUUCAUUAAAUAAUAUCAAAUGGAUAAAAAUCGCUAUGAUGCCAAUUCCGACGUAAAUAUAUCAUCCUUCGACGUAAAUGACAAGACGCCGAUAUUAGGAUCUCCGCAUGACAACCGUUCUAGAUUACUAUCAAAACGAUGUGUUAUUCUAGUUCUAGUUGGAGUGGUGCUAUUGUUCGGUGUUUCAGUUACAUCCAUAAUAUUAUACUCAAAAUACUUUGGCUUCAACACCAGAACCCCUGACCCGGAAUUCCCGUUGCCACCGUCAAGUAUGCCAAUGGGCUUGUACCAUAAUGUCGGUGUCGUAUCAAACGGUGGACCAUGUGCACAAAUCGGAGUGGAUGUGAUGUCAAAAGGUGGAAAUGCCAUAGAUGCCGCAAUAGCUACAAUUUUAUGUGACGGUGUCGUAUGUCCUCAUCAAAUGGGUGUUGGUGGAGGAUUUAUAAUGAGUUUUUACAAUGCCACAACCAAAAAAGUAAUGUCAAUCAAUGCACGUGAAACAGCUCCAGCCGCAGCGACUACGAACAUGUUUGUAAAAGAUCCAAUGAGUUCUAUAAACGGUAUGUAUUACAAAAAAUACAAAUUUGUUGAAAUCGAAGAAUCUUUUUCCGUAAAAUUGAAGAGUGGAUAUACAAUACAUGCCGGGCCACCUCCGGGUUCUGGCAUAAUAUUAGCAUUCAUUCUCCGUAUAUUGGACGGAAUUUUACCUGCACCCAAUACUGGCUUAGACGCACAUCGUUUGGUGGAAGCAUUUAAAUUUGGAUACGGCGAAAGAACCCAUUUAGGAGAUCAUAAAUUUGUAAACGUGUCUCAAAUUUACAAUAAAGUAAAGUCGGAUACUUACAUGGACAGCAUACAAAAAAAAAUAUCCGAUAAUUUCACUUCGCCAGACCCUAAAUACUAUGGUGCAGAUUUUGUUAUGCCAGACAAUCAUGGAACCGCCAACUUAGCCACAAUUGAUUCGAUGGGAAACGUUGUCGUAUGUACCAACACAAUCAACACACAUUUCGGCAGUGGUUUCAUGUCCCCUAACACAGGUAUUAUUUUUAAUAACCAAAUGAACGAUUUUUCCACCCCGGGAGUCUCCAACCAUUACGGAAUUCCAUCGUCACCGUCCAAUUUCAUAAAACCAGGAAAACGACCAAUGUCUUCUAUGUGUCCAACUAUAUUUACCGACAAAAAUGGUGAUUUUGUUCUCGCAGCAGGAGCAGCAGGGGGUUCGAAAAUCACUCUUGCUACUUCYUAUGCCUCCGCUCUAAAACUAUGGUACAAUAAAACAUUGAAAGAAGUAAUAGACAAACCUAGAAUUUAUCACCAACUUAUGCCUAUGCAAGUUCAAUACGAAUACGGAACGACUAAGGAUGUAGUGCAAAAACUUAAAGAUAUCGGUCACACAGUAGUUAGAUUGAAAGAUAAUGGUGGUUCAGGUGGUUCAGCAGCAUCAGCUAUUGCCAGGUCUUCGUCAGGAAUGAUCGAGGUUAUGCCUGAUUUUCGGCGGAAAGGCAAUUCAUCUGGAUAUUAAUACGAARAUAUUAAAUUAUCGUACCGAUCGUGAUUAUGUGUGUGCUCAAUAUUACUUGCUUAUUUAAUAUAUGUUGAUCAAAAAGUAAUUUGAAAUAUAUAGCAUUACUUAUUUUUAUAA